AUGGAAGCUUCAGUAUCACCAUCAGCUGGCACUGGGCUGCCUGGUCUUGGUCUAUCGAUGACACCCUUCUCUAUACCUGAAUCUUCAGUGUCGAUGAAGUCAACUGUAUCUGCAAAUGAAACAGGCAUUGAAGGAAGAAUUCAAGAAGAGGAAGAAGAAAGAAUACAAAAAUUGGGAGAAAAAGGAGAAAACAUAUAUGGAAGCUUCAGUAUCACCAUCAGCUGGCACUGGGCUGCCUGGUCUUGGUCUAUCGAUGACACCCUUCUCUAUACCUGA